AUGUCGUUGAACCUGUACACGCCUGCAAACGGUCUCCAUCGUACUCAUGUCACUUGGGACGACAUUGAGGAGGACAUGCAACGAGAAUUUGACACAGUCGCCUCUUUCGGUCCCAACAAGACUGCUAAGGACAUCGGAGACGGAAAUGGAUUCAUGUCAAAGAUGUUGCUCGUCGAUCCAGACUGGCAACAUAAGGAUAAGGAACUUCCUUCAAGAUUUGUGGUGAAGGUGAGUUCAAAAUUACACUACUUUGUAAUGGGAUCCUGCCAGCGUUUCUAA